AUGAUUGCUCGGAUUCGUCAGGGACAUCCCACUGGGGUCGAAGCCUCCAUCAGUAACCUAGUGAACUUACAUCUGCAGGCCUCUUACAUUUACCUCGAUCUGGGCUUCUAUUUCCAACGAGAUGAUGUACGCCUCAAGGAUCUGAGCCAAUUCUUUCACAAACUGUCUGAGGAGAAGCUCGAAGGGGUGGAGCGCCUCCUGAAGAUGCAAAACAUGCGCCAAGGUCGCACUUCUUUUCAGGAUGUGAAGCGACCUUUCCAAGAUGACUUGGGGAGAAGCCCAAAGGUCAUGGAGGCUGUGUUGGUUGUAGAAAAACGCCUCAACCAAGCCCUUCUGGAUUUGCAUGAACUGGGUACUGCCAUUGCAGACAAACAGCUCUGUGACUUCUUACAGACCUCUUUCAUAGACGGGGAGAUGAAACUCCUGGAGAAGAUGAGCUUGUACCUGGCCACCGUCCGCAGACCUGGGUUUCCCCACGCUGGGUUGGGUGAACAUCUCUUCAACAAUUUCACCGUCGAGCACGAUAAAGACUGGAAGCCUUAG